ACAGCAAGCGAAGAAAAAUAAUAAAGCGAACUGGCUGUGUAGGUCGUGUCUGGCAAUAAGGAAGCUUCCAAAACUGCCAAGAGUGAGAAAAAGCGAGACAGAAACAGGGGGCGCGCGCGUUGCAGCACACACUUCCGAGGACACAUAACACACACGCAGAGAGAGAGAGGUGCAACAGAGGUGAUCUUUGUAGGGCUGUGGUGUUUUUUUUGUUGCUUGCUGUUGUUGGUGUUGUGGUUUGUUGUUGCCUUUCUCCCAGCGCCGCGUUACAAAAUCUGUCGCCGUCCGCGAGUUUGGGUGUCGAGUCUGGCGUUGCUCUGCCCCGUGUUGUUUACCCCGCAGCCGCAGCCCCCAACAAAACGGUGCAGUGUGCAGUGCGUGUGUGUCAGUGUGUGUGUGAGUGUGCGCUUGUGUCUGUGCGUGCAGCGGAGAGGUUGUGCGGCCUGUGAUCCAGCAAUUUAACCUCGUUUUAUGCGCAUCGAGUGAAACAACAACAAAAAAAGCGGUCCGUCUGGCUUGCUGGCUCACCAAGCGAUGCCAUUGGUGUCUGGUGGGCGGUGGGCGGAAGCUGGUGGGAAGCAACGCGAAGCUUGAAACGCGACUCCGCGACUGCACCGGACGCCCUGGACGCCCUGCUACCGAUCAUCUCGGCGUAAUGCUGCUGCAGCUGCUGCUCGCGACAGGAUUAGAAACGCAUUAGAACCCCUCCCUCCACCCGAAGAGGAGGCUUUCAGGAGAGGGAAGGAAGGUCCGAGCGGUGGCAGUGAGGAAGUAAAGGGGCAGCCCAACAGUGCACCCGUGACGAAGGAUGCAGCAAUAAUCUAAUACACACAGUAUUUUUGCGCGUGUACCAGGCUGCACGAAACACUUCCAUCGACACAGACGUUGACACAUACAUACACACACACACUCAAACACACUCCCAGAAGUACGCAGCAGGUGUAAUUUAGAAAAAAGCGAAGGGGAAGCAGGGAAACCAGCAGUGCCACCGGAGGGCUUUCGACGCGGCAGCAAAAACAAAACAACAAAAUGCGUCGUUUAAUGCACUUUUUGUUUUACUUCUCCCUGCUGAUCGUAAUAAAAGGUUCGCUCAGCCGGGCCCGGUUGGCCGAGAGCAGCCUGAAGUGCGUCUCGUACCAGUGCAAGGACGGCGAGUGCAAGGAGGGCAUCGAUGUGUGCGAGGAGGCCGAGCCCGACCGGCCCGUGGGCUGCUUCGUCGUCUGGACGACGAACAACGUUACCAACGAGGUAAACGUAACGCUGAAAGGAUGCUUCACGAACCCGACCGAAUGCAACAACACCGAGUGCAUCGACACGACGACGUACGCGAAGAAAAACCUCAACUACUGUUGCUGCCGGGGCAGCAUGUGCAACCGGGAGCACAAGUGGAUCCCGGAGGCGACCAAAGCGCCCGAGAUGAUGCACACGGUCGACCAUGAGUCGAGCUUCUGGCUGAUCUUUAUCAUCGGGAUCGGGUCCUCGCUUGUCGCGAUGGUUGCCAUCACGAUCGUGUACGUGACGCACAAGAAGCAGGCAAUGUUUAACGAAAUUCCAACGGUCGAGCCCGAUAUUUCCAACUCGUCCACCAACAUAUCGCACCGUCCGAUCGAUCUGAAGGACAUUAAGGCGCGCGGCCGGUUCGGUGUGGUGUGGAGGGCGCAGCUCGGCAACCAGGAGGUGGCCGUGAAGAUCUUCCCCAUGCAGGAGCGCCAGUCGUGGAUCACGGAGCAGGACAUUUUCAAGCUUCCCCGGAUGAACCAUCCCAACAUACUGGAGUUUAUCGGGUGCGAGAAGCGAAGCGAUAUGGCCAGCACCGACUUCUGGCUGAUCACGGCGUACUGCGAGAACGGCUCGCUGUGCGACUUCCUCAAGGCGCACACGGUCAGCUGGACCGAGCUGUGCAAGAUCGCGACGACGAUGGCGCGCGGCCUGACGCACCUGCACGAGGAGAUCCAGAGCAGCCGCACCGACGGGCUGAAGCCGUCGAUCGCCCACCGGGACUUCAAGAGCAAGAACGUCCUGCUGAAGGCGGACCUGACCGCCUGCAUCGCCGACUUUGGGCUAGCGCUUGUCUUCACGCCCGGAAAGUCUUGCGGUGAUACGCACGGACAGGUCGGUACGCGCCGCUACAUGGCACCGGAGGUGCUGGAGGGUGCGAUCAACUUCACGCGCGACGCCUUCCUGCGCAUCGACGUGUACGCGUGCGGGCUGGUGCUGUGGGAGCUGGUGUCCCGCUGCACCGUGCACGGCGGCCCGGUCGACGAGUACCGGCUACCGUUCGAGGCGGAGCUCGGUCCCCAUCCGACGCUGGAAGAGAUGCAGGACAAUGUGGUGACGAAAAAGCUGCGCCCGCGCAUAUUCGACCCGUGGCGCCAUCAUCCGGGACUGGUUGCAAUCUGCGAAACGAUGGAAGACUGCUGGGAUCACGAUGCCGAGGCGCGGCUAUCGUCUUCCUGCGUGCUCGAGCGGCUGUCCCAGUACGCCCGGUUUCCCACCCGGCAGUACUUUGUCGCCACCAACACCACGAACGAGCUGCCGGCCAAACUGGCAACCGAAAGCCUUUAACACGAGUCGUGCGCCCGCGGCAGGCAUACGAGCGCGAUCGCAAUUGCGCCCAAAAAACUAUAAUAAGCGAUAACGAGAGGCGCGCGUUGUAUUACACAUUUAUCAACUCUUCAGCUGGUUUGUGGUGGACUGUGUGGGGGCGCCUAGAAGGAAAUGCUUUGAGACAAAUAUGCACACACACACACACACACACACACACACACACCACACACACCACACACACACACACACACACACACACACACAC